UUUACGGUCGUUUAUCGAUUAGUGAGGUCUGUCAGACUGAGCUGUCGAAGACGGAGAAGUCGAUGCCUAUGCGGAAGUGGGUCUGUCUCUGUUCAUUUGGAUAAAUUCACAAGAGAAAACAACCAAAUUAAAAUUUUGAGCAUCGCGUGCGGACGGUUUGUUGUGGUUUGGACUGGGCUGUGUUUAGAUGUCAAGCUGCUGUCCCGGGGACAUGGAGACGCUGCAGUCCACGCACGAGUCCAGGGUGAUGCUAACUGUGUUAUCUGAGGUGUGGCUGAGUGGUUAAACGCCUGGCUGGAAACGGAAAGGUUGCAGGUUCGCUAGUUUGUUCCUGUGAUCUGUUUACAGCAGCAGCAGCAGUCGAGAACAAACCCAGCAGGUCACCGGUGUCUGCGGUAAAAGAGCUUGUUGUGGUGUCCAGCUGGAAUCAUCAUGUCCUGCGCUGGUCCGUCUCUGUCGCAUCCUCAGUGCUCCGCGGCGGGAGCCGAGAGCCAUCGGGGGAUUCUCUCCUCAGACAGACACGCUGGGCUCCUGCUAGCGCAGAUGAACAAAAUGCGCCUUCAGUCUGACUUCUGUGAUGUGCGACUGCUGGUCGGCGGAAGGGUGUUCGGGGUCCAUAAGCUGGUGCUGGCUGCCAGCGGCCCGUACUUCGCUGCUCUGUUCUCUGGAGCCAUGAGCGAAGCCCAUGAGGAGGAGGUUCGCAUUGUUGGAGUGGAAGCUGACGUCUUUGAAAUUCUCCUAGAAUUUAUUUACACUGGCUUUAUCGACGUGACGGUGGACACGGUGCAGGAGCUGAUGGUGGCUGCAGACAUGCUGCAGCUGAGUGAGGUGGUGGAUAUAUGUGGAGAGUUCCUGCGGGCUCAUAUGGACCCAUCCAACUGUGUGGGGAUCUUUCGCUUUUUGGAGCAGAUCGCCUGUAUGGAGCUGUUACAGUUCACUGAAGACUACAUCCAUGUCCACUUUCUAGAGGUGUGCACCUCAGAAGAGUUCUCAAGCCUGUCUAAAGAUCAGCUGGUGAAGCUGCUCCGCAGCGAGGAGCUCAGGAUCGAAGACGAGUAUCAGGUGUUCACCGCUGCUAUGGACUGGCUGCACCACGACGUGCCGCACAGGAAGAAGCAUGUGGUGGAAGUCCUGGAACCGGUGCGCUUCCCGCUGCUGUCUCCUCAGAGACUCUACAAGUACAUCGAGGGUAUUUCUGACUUCAGUUUGAGAGUUGCAUUGCAAACCCUUCUGAGAGAGUACACUGAAGUCAACAAGUCCCCGAAAGAGAGCAAACCUUUCAGCCUUCUGCAGACGGCCAAGGCCCGGCCCCGGAGGAAAGCCCGCAAGUACCUCUAUGCCAUUGGCGGUUACACUCGUCUGCAGGGUGGCCGAUGGAGUGACAGUCGGGCUUUGAGUUGCGUCGAGCGCUUUGAUUCGUUCAGUCAGUACUGGACCACGGUGUCUUCCCUGCAUCAGGCCCGCAGUGGACUCGGGGUGGCCGUCCUGGAAGGCAUGAUAUAUGUAGUGGGGGGAGAAAAGGACUCCAUGAUUUUCGACUGCACGGAGCGGUAUGACCCAGUGACCAAGCAGUGGGCGGCAGUGGCAUCUCUGAACUAUCCACGCUGUGGGGUCGGACUUUGUUCCUGUCAUGGAGCUCUUUACGCACUUGGUGGCUGGAUUGGCUCAGAAAUCGGGAAGACCAUGGAACGUUAUGACCCGGAAGAAAAUAAAUGGGAGGUUAUUGGGAGCAUGGCUGUUCCUCGAUAUUAUUUUGGCUGCUGUGAGCUGCAAGGCUUCAUCUACGUGAUCGGUGGCAUCAGUGAUGAGGGUACGGAGCUGCGCUCGGCUGAGGUUUACGACCCCAUCUCUCGCCGCUGGAGCGCGCUGCCUGUCAUGGUGACCCGGCGGGCGUACGUGGGUGUAGCUAGCCUCAAUAACUGCAUCUACGCUGUAGGAGGCUGGAAUGAGGCUCUGGGAUCAUUGGACACAGUGGAGAAGUACUGCCUGGAGGAGGAGAAGUGGGUGGAGGUGGCGCCGAUGGCCGUCCCGCGCGCUGGCGUAACGGUUGCAGCCGUUAAUGGUUUGUUAUAUGCGGUGGGAGGUCGGACCUCCAGCCGGGACUUUUCAGCGCCGGUCACCGUAGACUCGGUGGAAAUCUACGACCCCCAUCUGGACACGUGGACGGAGAUUGGUAACAUGAUCACCAGCCGCUGUGACGGAGGUGUAGCUGUGCUCUGAUAGGACACACAUUCACACCCAGCAGCACAUCACUCAACCCUGAAGCUGAUUUUAGUGUCUAAUUUAUGAUCAGUGAAGAUCGGUCUCAUAUGUUAUCUUGUGCGUUUGCUGAGGCUUGUUUAGGAAGUAAGUGUCAAGGUGAGUCUUCUUAUUUUUUGUUUCGAGACACUGUGAGAUCAUGUGCUCUUAUAUUUUAUUAAUUGCUCUUCUAACCAGCAAACAGCCAGAAGCUUCCCAGCCUGCUUCAGUAAGCCUCCGUUCAUUAUGUAUCGAUGGUCUUCAUCAUCUCAGUGCUGCUGAUGUGAAUAUUAGCCAGCAACUUGCUUCUUUUGUUGAGUCGUUUCACGUUUGCCUCUCAUGUUUAAUGUUACAUUUUGCACUUUUGUAUCGUACCUGUAUGUUUCUCACAAUCUUAAGCUUGUGGAACACACUCUUGAUUGUUGUUAAAAAUAUUUGAAUUUAAUACAAGUACUAGAAUUUGUUCAGCUGAGAGCUUUAACAUUUCAUUAAUAGAGACUAUUUCCUGGAAUAAAAAUAAACCGUGUUUUGCCACUCCA